AUGCUGGCUCGCCUGUCUCGUACAUGUUCUGCAUCCCCCACGUCCCGGGGCCUGGGAGCGCUGGGAACGCUGCGACCUGUCCCAUGCCUCCUGAUGCGCGGAGGUACAUCUAGAGGGCCUUAUUUCUUAGCAUCGGACUUGCCGAAGGAACGCUGGUCACCCUUUCUUCUGGAUGUGAUGGGGUCUCCCCACUCCUUGCAAAUCAACGGGUUGGGUGGUGGCAACUCGCUGACCAGCAAAGUUGGCAUCAUGGCACCAUCACAGCACGGGGCGGACGUGGACUACACCUUUGCGCAGGUUCGAGUAGACGAGGCUGUUGUAAAAUGGAAGGCAAACUGUGGAAACAUCCUGGCAGGAGUGGGCCCUGCAGCGAUCAUGAGGGGCUUGGUAAAGGCUGAGGACCCGGAGACGAAGAUUCAAGUCUUCAACACGAACACUCAAACGCGAGCGCUGGUAACGGUGCAAACGCCCGGUGGAGAACUGAGCUUUGCUGGUUCCGCAGCGAUUGAUGGUGUCCCGGGCACAGGAGCUCCCAUCAAGGUCACCUUUCUGGACGUCCUGGGAGCUCGCACGGGCAAGAUCUUUCCCACGGGCCAACGUUCAGAGCUUAUUGAUGGAGUACGAGUGACCUGCAUUGAUAGCGCCAACCCUGUGGUGCUGAUGCACUUUGAACAACUGGGCCUGGAAACGGGCCAUGAGUCUGUUGAGGAGCUGAACCAAGACCUCCCGAUGCUCCAGCGCUUGGAGCACAUCCGGCAGGAAGCCUCCCUUCGCAUGGCUUUGGGACCUGCUCAGGGCAAGAAUCUCCCGAAGGUGGCUGUCUUAUCUCCACCUUCAAAGGGUGGCAGCAUUUGCUCUCGAUACUUUGUCCCCGAUCGGUGCCAUGCUGCGCAUGCCGUGACCGGUGCCAUUGCCAUUGCGGUUGCCACCACCUUCGACGGCACAGUGGCCGAAGAAGUGGCGGUGCAGCAGGAAGGCCCUCUGCGACGAGUGGGGGUGGAGCAUCCAUCAGGGCAGAUUCAGAUGGAUUUGUUGCUGGACCUCACUGGGUCGAAGGUCGGCCGUUCCACCGGUGCCAAAGUCAAUGGUAGGGUAGUGGAGGCCAGUCUCAUCAGAACUGCGCAGCCAAUCAUGGAUGGGAACGUCUUUGUGCGUUCAACAUGUUUCGACUGA